UUUACCGGGACUGAUGACUCGACUCCUAGACCAAAAAUGGCGGUCUCGCCUUCAUUCCAGCUCUGUACUCUCUGUUAGAUUAGACUCUCCGAUAAAUCCUCGAUAGAAGACCAGAAGGCGAUCGAUCCAAUCCCUUCUCAGUCAGAUGUGAUCCACGAACCUAAUAUACAAUUGGUAUCUAUGCAUAUAUGAUAUGCAUUUGCAAGUACUACAAGAUAUGAGGCCAGACAGCCAUAACAGCCAGACUCGCAGACUUGCAUUGGGGAGUCUUUUGGUGCUUCUGUUGCCUAUUUUCUCCCCCAAUCUCUUCACUCCCUUGGGCCGCGCUUCGCCCUCCCUAUUCUCCGAAUGGAAUGCUCCAAAGCCUAGACACUUGCGUCUGCUACUGGCUGCUUUAAAUCGACAAACUUCUGACCAACAACAGUCUGACCUUUGGUCUCCCUUGGCCAACCAAGGAUGGAAACCCUGCGUUCGAUCUACAAACAGGCCUCAGUUACCAAAGAAAUCUCAAGGGUAUAUCCAAGUGUUCCUUGAUGGAGGCCUGAACCAACAGAGAAUGGGGAUAUGUGAUGCAGUCGCUGUUGCUAAAAUUUUGAAUGCAACACUAGUGAUCCCACACUUGGAAGUGAACCCUGUUUGGCAAGAUGCAAGUUCAUUCACCGAAAUAUUUGACGUGGAUCACUUUAUCAGUGCUCUUAAUGAUGAAAUUUCUAUUGUUAAAGACCUUCCUAGCCAAUAUUCUUGGAGCACCAGGGAAUAUUAUGCUACAGGGAUACGAGCCACUAGAAUUAAAACAGCGCCUGUGCAUGCAUCAGCUAACUGGUAUCUGGAAAAUAUUUUACCCGUUUUGGAAAGUUAUGGGAUUGCUGCUAUAGCUCCAUUCUCGCACCGUUUGGCUUUUGACAACUUGCCUUCAGACAUCCAGCUCCUACGUUGUAGAGUCAACUUUCAAGCACUAGUUUUUGUUCCCCAUAUCAGGUUGCUGGGAGAUGCCCUCAUCAAUCGUCUCCGGAGUCCCAGUAAGGCCAGAGUUAGUGGGGACAAUCAUCUCGAUGAAAGAUCAGAUGUCCUUAACAAACAAGGAGCUGGAAAGUUUGUGGUUCUUCAUCUUCGUUUUGAUAAGGAUAUGGCUGCUCAUUCAGCUUGUGAUUUUGGUGGGGGUAAAGCUGAAAAAUUGGCUCUUGCAAAGUACCGCCAGGUGCUUUGGCAGGGAAGAGUCCUCAAUUCUCAGUUCACUGAUGAGGAGUUGAGAAAUCAGGGUCGUUGCCCAUUGACUCCCGAAGAGAUUGGACUCUUGUUGGCAGCUUUGGGCUUCAACAACAGUACCAGCCUUUAUCUUGCUUCCCAUAAGGUUUACGGUGGAGAAGCAAGGAUAUCUACUCUACGCAAAUUGUUUCCACUAAUGGAGGAUAAGAAAAGUCUUGCUGCCACAGACGAGAGAUCCAAGGUUGAAGGAAAGGCUUCUUUAUUAGCUGCUGUUGAUUAUUACGUGAGCAUGCAGAGUGAUAUCUUCAUCUCAGCUUCUCCAGGCAAUAUGCACAAUGCAAUGUUGGGAUAUCGAGCUUACAAGAACUUGAAGACCAUUAGACCAAACAUGGCGCUGUUGGGCAACCUCUUUAUGAAUAAGAGCAUGGAGUGGGCACAGUUUCAGCAGUCGGUGAAGAAUGGGCAUAAGAAUAGACAAGGGCAAAUCAGGUUAAGAAAGGAGAAACAGUCUAUAUACACGUAUCCAGCGGGCGAUUGCAUGUGUCAAGCUUAAUCGGCAUGAACACGAGCUUGUGAAGAUUACUUUCAUGGUUUUAAGGAUUUGCUGCUCUACUCGUUUGUUCCUGAUUCACCCGGUAAGAUGGGAAUAUAUGCUUCCUCAUUUUGUCUACCAGAUGUUCACUAACCCGGAUUAAAUUGUCUCUUCCUGACAGAAUAUUUCUCGUGGAUUAAAUAGUCUCUUUGAGAUGUUAAACGUCAUCCCAAAUGUUGGCAUGUUUAUCCCUUUGAGUAGAUGUUAUGUUAUUUCAUUCUAUUUCUCCAAGCAAUAGGGGAGCCAUUGUAAUGGAAAGCUACAUCUUGCAGUAGUAAGACUUGAACCAGAGUUUCACACCCAGUAAAGAGAGUUGUAGUCGUCUAUCAGGUUAGAGCCUUGGGCAUGUUUGAUUCCAGGAUAAAGGUGGUGGGAUAAAGGGUGGUUCCACAUGGUUCCUUCUUUUUUCAUAGCCAGGCCCUUGUUAAGGGCCGGAUUGGAUAAGGAUGGACUAUUUGUAUAUUUAGGCCUCUUUCCGUUAAAAGAUUCAUAUUUUUUAA